AUGUAUCGAGAUUCUGCUAACAAAGUUGUGCCAUGUGAAUCAGUGUCUUGGGCAUUUCAUCUGCUUAAUGAGUUAUUUCUUUUAACCAGAGCUAGCAGCAUGAUUCAAAUUGUUUGCAGCCAAUAUCAACAAAACAAAAAAGGCCAGUAUGCUUAUCCUGAUAUCUAUGAUCCAGUGUGUGGAACUGAUGGCAAGACCUAUUCUAACAAAUGUGAAUUAUGUUCCAAAAUCUUAAGUGGAUCCAAGCUAGACAUGGUAUAUGAAGGAAAAUGUGUUGACUGCAGUAAAUAUCCACAACCACAAAAGGGCACGGCUGCAGACUGCCCAAAAGAUCGUCAGCCAGUGUGUGGCACUGAUGGGAAGACCUAUUCCCACCUGUGCAUCUUGUGUGCUACAAUCCGGACAACUGGGAACAAAAUUGGCAUACGUCAUGAAGAACAAUGCUCCAAAAAAGUAUAUCCAGUUUGUCGUAUUGCAUGA